AUGGGGGGCGGUUUAGCGUUUUUAAACAAGAAAUCAUGGCACACCGGUGGCUUCCAAAUGAUCGAAGAGGUCUGGAAGCGAGAGCAACAAGCCGAACACGAGAAGAGAAAACUGGAGGAGAUGAAGAAGGAAAUUCAAGAGGAGAGAAAGUUGGCGGAGUUGCAACAAGACGCCGUGGACGCCGGACAUUCAAAGAAGAGCGAACGGUUGGAUUGGAUGUAUAAAGGUUCGUUAGCGGAAGGGACGAGAUUAGAAGAUACGAAAUUUACUCGAGCAGAAGGAGAGGAAGAACCGGAAGAGUUGAAACGAGAACGAGAACGACGAGAGGACUUGCCGCCGGAACGACCGGAACGGAGGGCGGAAUAUCUCGCGCCGAAUAUGGACGACCCGAAACAAAGAGUCGAGCAGUGGAAUAAAAUGAACAACGAUCCACUGUUGGCGAUGAAACAACGCGAGAUACAAGCCAGAGAAAAUAUCGCGAGCAAUCCGGUGAGGAGAGAACAAAUAAGACGAGAAGUGGACGAGAGGAAAAGACGAAAGAAGGAAAAAGCGAGAGAGAAGAAAGAACGCAAACGCGCGAAGAAGGAACGGAAGAAGGAAAAGUAUCGCGAGAAAAUCAGAGAAGAAGUUCGCGAGGAAGAGAGGAGAAAAGGAGGAAAAUCCUCGCGUCGUAGUCGCCGGGGUCGUGACGACUAUAGUGGUAGCAGCAGCAGUGGUAGCGACGACGACGACGACGACGACGAUUCUUCCUCCACGUCUUCGUAUUCUCGAGAGAGAAGACGAAAAAGACGCAGCAAAGAAUCUUCCUCGAGAAAAAAAAGAAGACAUUCAUCUCCUUCAUCUUCGAGGUCGAGAAGCCGAUCACCGCCACCUCGUCGAAAGUCAACCAUCGAAAGAGAAAAAGACGAUCAAUACGGCAUGUCGUACGCAAACGAGCGCGCGGAACAGGCAGCUGAGGCGAGAAGAAAUCGAAGACAUGAAUGGCGCGAGAGCGAAAAAGAAAAAGAACGAAGAGCGCCGAAAGUGGAACAACCAAAAUGGGAUUCGAGACGAAAUAACGUCGGGCACAGAGCUGGAAAGCUUUCGCAAGAAGAGAAAGAGAAGAGGUUGAGAGAAAUGAACGAAGCGGCGGAGAAUUACGAUUCGCACCGCUCCUCGAGAAGGGAUAAAUUAGACAAAGACGCGAGAGAGACGAACGAGGAGAUUCAUCGAGACUUGGAGUCUGAUAAGAAGAAAGACGCACAGCCUUCCUUCUUAAGCUCGGAGCGAAAAAGCGCCUACGGCGGUAGAAGACGAUAG